ACUAUACACUCCGUCCUCUGCGUCCCUUGUGUAUUGCCUACUACCAACUCCCUCGACCAAAUAUGAAGACUUCGGCCAUCAUCACUCUGGGCGGCGCUGCGGCUGCGGCUGCCCUCAGCGGCUCAGCUACUACCACUCGCUACUACGACGGCCAAGAAGGAGCCUGCGGCUGCGGCACCACCAGCGGCCUCUUCAGCUGGCAGGCCGGCAUUUCCAGCGGCGUAUACACGGCGGCGGGCUCGCAGGCCCUCUUCGACACAUCGGACGCGACAUGGUGCGGUGCCGGCUGCGGCGUCUGCUACGAGCUGACGUCGACGGGCGAGGCGCCCAGCGGGCAGGGCACGGGCGGCGCCACGGGCGAGAGCAUCGUGGUCAUGGUGACGAACCUGUGCCCCAACUCGGGCAAUGCCGAGUGGUGCCCUGUCGUGGGCGGGACCAACGAGUUUGGGUACGAGUACCACUUUGAUAUCAUGGCCAGCUCGUCGGCGCUGGGCGAGAUUCUGGGGGAUAACCCUAUUGUUACUUUUGAGUCGGUGACGUGCCCUAGUGCGGCGACGGCGGACUGGGAGCAGUGUGUCUGCUAUGCUGAUGCUUGA